GGGCAGUGACAAAGCCCGUUUUUCAAUUUGUUAAGGUGUCUUCUGCAGAAGCAAGUACCUGACACCGUCCAAAUAGUGGCGCUAAUGCACCAUUAAACGGUUUGGCUACCCCCUUAAAACGACUAACUAGUUUUACUAGUAUGCAGAUAAGAAAGGACGUCUCUCGUUCUCUUAAUACCCGGGGACAUCCGUGCUCGAAACAGUUUGCUACUACAGGAGGAAGUCGCAGCCUUGCAGAGACGUUGCUAUUUGUGUUGCAGUUUCACUGGUCUGAGAAAUAAUGACGAUGGGAACAGCAUUGCUUUAUGAUGAGGAGAUGACCAAAUACAAAUUGCUCUGGGUUGACCCUGCAUGUAAGAUUGAGGUUCCCGAGCGGCUGACAGUGUGUCAUGAAGCUUUGAUAAAGACCGGUCUUGCUGGUCGUUGUGUCUCCGUACCGGUCCGCGAGGCGACGGAUGCAGACAUCCUGCUAGUUCACAGUGAGGAGUACUUGGAGGCGGUGAAGAAGACACCAUAUAUGACUCUGGAGGACCUGCAGGAGUUCACCCGGCAGUAUGGUGACGUCUACUUCCACCCAAACAUCUAUCACUGUGCCAAGCUGGCUGCAGGCGCCGCACUGCAGCUUGUGGACAGUGUUAUGACGGGGAAGGUGAGGAACGGCAUGGCUCUGGUCAGACCACCAGGACACCACAGUAUGCGCAGUGCUGCCAAUGGAUUCUGUGUUUUCAACAAUGUGGCCAUUGCAGCUCGAUAUGCCAAGCAACAAUAUGGGGUUAAAAGGGUGUUGAUAGUUGACUGGGAUGUACAUCAUGGUCAAGGGGUGCAGUACUGUUUUGAAGAUGAUCCAAGCGUGCUCUACUUCUCAUGGCACCGCUACGAGCAUCAGAAAUUCUGGCCUCAACUUCGAGAAUCAGACUACGACAGUGUUGGCAAAGAGAAAGGGGCAGGAUUCAAUAUAAAUGUCCCGUGGAACAAAGUGGGAAUGAAAAACAGUGACUAUCUAUCAGUCUUCUGUCACAUCCUUCUGCCAGUCGCAUACGAGUUUAGCCCAGACUUGGUCCUGGUGUCUGCAGGCUUUGACUCGGCCAUCGGUGACCCUGAGGGUCAAAUGUGUGCCAGCCCGGACAUCUUUGCCCACCUAACUCACCUCCUGAUGAACCUCGCAGGAGGGAAACUGUGUGCCGUGCUGGAGGGAGGAUACAACUUGACUUCCCUUCCCCAGUCUGUGUGUGAAACAGUUCAAACUCUGCUUGGAGAUCCUGCGCCUCGACCUGCAAAUCUCGAUGGUCCCUGUGUAAGUGCACUUGAGUCCCUUCACUGUGUCCGAUCAGCUCAUAGGCAGUACUGGUCCUGCCUCAAACAUGCAGCUGAGCUGCCCACCUCUGAGGUCACCACCAAGCGCAUUAAAUUAGCAAAAGAAGAAGAAGAUGAUGAGCUGAAAAAGGUUGAAGAGGAGAAAAAUGCAGAGGAAGCGGUAUGGCCAGAGCCCCCAAAACGUGUCGCUCCUGCUGUCCGCACUGCUUUAGUCCUCCCUAAUGGCGUGGCUUGCCCGGCCGGAUGUAAACGCUUCAGCUCAUCAGAGGACCCGGUUAUAGUCAACAAACUAAGGGAGAAUUUCCUCAAAGAUGCAGAUGACAGCAAUACUCUCACAACCCUCUCCAGUCUUAUUGCCCUUGUAGAGAAAAUGGAGAGGAAUGAGAUCUGCAAUGGCUUGGCGCUAGUCCCUGACGUCUCCAUGGCAAUGACGUGUGUUUUCCAGCAUGCUGCAACUGCUCUCUGCAACAGGGUUUUGGUUGUGUGUGUUGGAGACGCGGUGGUCUCGAGUCGCGGCACAGAGAACGGGAAAACACUUGUGGUGCAGUUCAGCAACAGGGAGGCAGAGGAACAGAAAUGCAAAUAUCACAUUCCUGUGUAUCUGAAGAAGGGCUGCAGUGACGUGUCAGGAUUUACACAGGCUGUGCUGGGCCUCCUUCUGCCUCUGGGAUAUGAGUUUGACCCCAGUCUGGUUCUGUUGGCUCGGACGCCAGAUAGCGGGCUGUGUGACAGUGUGUGGCAACAACUAACAGGCCUGCUGCAGGGCAUCGCACAAGGACACACACUGGUACUCAUGCAGGAAGGUGAGACGUCAUGUGUCGGCCCCACUGCCUCCUCUCUCAUCGGGGACGCUGCCCCCUCUCUAGGGAAGCUUCAUGCUCCACUACCAGAGGACGUGGAGGCGCUGGAGAGACUGAGACACAGGCUGCAGGUGGACUGGAAGCUACUGCAGACUACAGCACCAGAGACUGGAGGAGGGGACGAGUUCUGAAGCCAAUCCUGCUUCAAAUGUCUUAAAAAAAUGUUGCAGUUUGGCCAGGUGUUACUGUCCAAAUGGUGCAUUUAUCAUUCUCACUGUGCCCUAUAAUAAAUUGUAUUUUUAAUACGGCAUAACCAAAAUGAAUGAAAAUAUUGUGAAUCUAUUAUUAUGAACUUUAUGAUUGAUUGUUACAUUGAUUUUAAGUGCUUUUGAUUCACACAUUACCUACUCAAUCUAAAUGAUUGAUCUUGUUUGAUUUUAUUAAAAAUAUGUUUACAUGAGUAAUGUCUGUCCAUACUGGACAUAUAGAGGUUUGUGUUAUAAAUUAGGAUGUGAUUGAGAUUUUUUCCCUUCAAUAACUCAAGCCUAAUAUUGUUUGAAUUCAUCUUAAAUCUUUGUUGUCAAAAGUUAACCUUUUUUAUUUUUUGUUCUUCUAUCACGAUUUUGUCGGUAAUUUUGUAAAAGUAAAGACUAUAGUAAGUUCAAUUUUGAGAUACUACAUGUAUUUCACCGCAAUAGUUCAUGUUAAGUUUUACGCACAAAACAUGAGUUGCUCUGUUAAAGAAUAAAUAGUAAAUCUUCAAGCAACUACAGCAUUAAAGUACUGCUUACACUAAGGCAUAAUUAACAAUGGAUCAACAUUAUAAUAAUAUAACUCUGAUAAUAAUUUAGUACUUUAGAAUUUGAAUUUUGAAUGCAGGACUUUUACAUUUAGGGGUUUCUAUAGUGUAGGGCUGCUACUUUUACCUAAAUGAUCACAAUACUUCUUCCACCACUCAGAGAAUGUAAACUCUUACUACCUAUUAGACUACCUUUUCAAAAAAACUAAUUUAAUGGUCUUCGUUUCUUGAAAAGCUCUAUAUACUAGAUUUAGAUUAGUUUAUCUUCACUGAAUAUUUA